AAGCGGCGGCCGCGCGGGGGGGGGUGGCGGUGCCCGGCGGGGGCUUCGGCGCCGUUCGGCUCCGCUCGGCUCCGCUCGGCUCCGUUCGGGGCUCGGCCCGGGGUUCGGGGCUCGGCACGGCUCGGCUCAGCCCGGUUCGGCUCUCUUCGGCCCAGCUCGGCUCCGCUCAGCCCCGCACAGCUCCGCUAGGCUCAGUUCGGCUCCGCUCGGCUCAGUUCGGCUCUGUUCGGCCCAGCUCGGUUCGGGACCCCCGUAAGGAUCGGGUUCAGCGGCGCGGAGCUGAGCCGGAGCUGGAGCGCAUCCCCGUGUCCCGAUCCGCGGUGCGGAGAGGAGCUGGGGGGGGGCCCGGGUCCGCCCGGUGCCGGCGAUGUUCCCCCAAAAUCGGCCGCCGGGCCACCUCCCGGCCCCCUCGGCCCCCUCAGGCCCCACCACCCCACAGUCCCUCAAGCUGACUUACCCCGAGACCUUGGAUCGCAUCAAGGAGGAGUUCCAGUUCCUGCAGAACCAAUACCACAGCCUGAAGUUGGAAUGCGAAAAGCUGGCGACGGAGAAAACCGAAAUCCAGCGACACUACGUGAUGUACUAUGAGAUGUCCUACGGGCUGAAUAUCGAGAUGCACAAACAGACGGAGAUCGCCAAGCGGCUGAACGUCAUCUGCGCGCAGCUCAUCCCGUUCCUAUCGCAGGAGCACCAGCAGCAGGUGGUCCAGGCAGUGGAGCGUGCCAAGCAGGUGACUAUGAGCGACCUGAACGCGGCCAUCGGGCACCAGCUCCAAACGCAGCACCUCUCGCACCACGCCCCCCCCAUCCCGCUGACCCCCCACCCCUCUGGGAUGCAGCCCCCCACCCUGGCCGGGCUGGGCAGCGCUUCGGGGCUGCUGGCGCUUUCGGGGGUGCUGGGGGGGGCCCAGCUCCUCACCAAGGAUGACCGUGGGGUCCACGACGGCGAGCACAGGGAGCGAGACCCGGGUCCUAGCUCUUUGGUGCUGCCCAACGGGGACCGGGCACGAGCCAUCUCUGAGUACCUGAGCAGCAGCAAAAAGAGGAAGGUGGAGGAGAAGGACUUUGUGACAGACUAUGGCAGCGAUGCGGACAAAAGCGAAGACAACCUGGUGGUGGAUGAGGACCCCUCGUCCCCACACAGCGUCCAUUCCUACUCCUCCCGUGAGAACGGGUUGGAGAAGCUGCCGCUGGGGCGGAAGGAGCCGGCGCCGCUCAGCCCCACCUCCAUGGCCUCCUCCAGCAGCGCGUCCCCAUCGCGCAGCAAGGACGCAGCCAUGGUGGAGAAGGCAGGGACACCCAGCCUCAAGUCCAGCACCCCCACAUCUCAGGGUGAUGCGGCAGCGCCGGGAUCCAGCGGUGCCCAACAGUUCCGCCCCACUGCAGCCAAAGCCCCCGUGGACUCCCUGGCCCUGGGCCUGAGGACCCCGCUGGGCGUGCAGAGCCCCUACUCCUUCAGCAUGGCUCACCCCGCUGUCAAUGGGGACAUGGCUGGGGCGGGCGCCUACGCCAGCCUGCACCUCGUGUCCCCGCAACUCAACGGCACCGCGGCCGCCGGCACCUAUGGCCGAUCCCCACUGGUCGGCUACGACCCUCACCCUCACAUGCGCGUGGCUGGGCUGGCGGCCGGAAUGCAAGUGGGGACAUCGGGGAAACCCGCCUACUCCUUCCACGUCAGCGCCGACGGGCAGAUGCAGCCGGUGCCGUUCCCCCCCGACGCCCUCCUGGGCUCCGGCAUCCCCCGGCAUGCGCGGCAGCUGCACAGCCUGGCCCACGGCGAGGUGGUCUGCGCCGUCACCAUCAGCAACUCCACGCGCCACGUCUACACCGGGGGCAAAGGCUGCGUCAAGGUGUGGGACGUGGGGCAGCCGGGCGCCAAGACGGCCGUGGCCCAGCUGGACUGCUUGAACCGCGACAACUACAUCCGCUCCUGCAAGCUGCUCCCCGACGGCCGCAGCCUGAUCGUGGGGGGGGAGGCCAGCACCCUGUCCAUCUGGGACCUGGCGGCCCCCACGCCCCGCAUCAAGGCCGAGCUCACCUCCUCCGCCCCUGCCUGCUACGCCCUGGCCAUCAGCCCCGACGCCAAAGUCUGCUUCUCCUGCUGCAGCGACGGCAACAUCGUGGUGUGGGACCUGCAGAACCAGAGCCUGGCAGUUCCAAGGCCACACGGACGGAGCCAGCUGCAUCGACAUCUCCAACGAUGGCACCAAGCUGUGGACGGGGGGGUUGGACAACACGGUGCGCUGCUGGGACCUGCGGGAGGGGCGGCAGCUGCAGCAGCACGACUUCAGCUCGCAGAUCUUCUCCCUGGGGCACUGCCCGACGGGCGAGUGGCUGGCGGUGGGCAUGGAGAGCAGCAACGUGGAGAUCCUGCACGUCACCAAGCCCGACAAAUACCAGCUGCACCUCCACGAGAGCUGCGUCCUCUCCCUCAAGUUCGCCGCCUGCGGGAAGUGGUUUGUGAGCACGGGGAAGGACAACCUGCUCAACGCCUGGCGCACGCCCUACGGAGCCAGCAUCUUCCAGUCCAAGGAAACUUCCUCCGUCCUCAGCUGCGACGUCUCCACCGACGAUCAGUUCAUCGUCACCGGCUCCGGAGACAAGAAGGCGACGGUCUACGAAGUCAUUUACUGAGAGACACGGAGGUGACGGCCUGGGUCUGUUCCCUGAGAGCAGACGGACUCACAGCCAUGGGGACGGACAGACGGACUCUGACGCAGAGGGGUGGCAGCCCAGGCCUGGAGCCAUUGGCGAUGGGGACCCUGCAGUGCUGGGAGGCAGCUGCUGCUCGCAGGGCCCUUCCCAGAGGUUUCCUCCUCCUUUGGUUCGUUAUUGGUUGGUUUGUUUCUAAACGGGGGUUGGGGGAGCGAAGGGGGCUUUCUUUUGUAAUGUCAUUUUUUUGUGUUUUUUUUUGUUAAAUGCUGGGCAGGAUGAGAGCUCUCCUCAUCUCCCCCUGCACCCAACCAGGGCAUAAUUUAAUAAUAAAAAGCAAACAGCAGCGCGGUGCAUCGCAGGGCAGGGGCUGAUGGGGCUGGGGGCUGCUCUGCACGGAGCCGGGGGGGGACAGAGGGCAUUUCAGCCCCUCAUGGCAUUUCAGCACCCCCAGGGGCCGAGUCCCCGUGUAAAUCAAGGUCCUCCCCAUCACCCCAUGGUGCCCUAGAGGAACUCAGCCCCCCCCCCCACCACCCCAGCAACCACUCUUUCAUUUUUGU